AGCUCCGGUAAGACGGGAUUUACCGUUUUCGUUUUCGUAGCCACUGGAAGAUUCUUGCGGCCCCAGCCCCCAAACCGGCGAUGGGGCGGGAGGCGGAGCCCGACGCGGACCACCACCACCAGCAGCUCCUGCUUCGCCGCCGCCGCCAGCUCUUCGCCGCCGAGGAGCGGUCGUUCCGCAUGGAUCGGCGCUCGCCGGCCGCCGCCGCCCUCCGCGCCGCCGUCGCCGACGUGCUCCCCCGCUUCCUCGGCACCUAUUCCGACGACACUCUCGCGGAGUACAUUGCAAUUUUAAUCUGUAAUGGAAAACAUCAAUAUCAAGCGCGUGAUGACUUGGAGGCCUUUCUUGGUGAUGACAGUGCGAAAUUUGUUGCAUGGCUUUGGGGUUAUCUGAGCAAACAGUCUUUGGCAUUGGCUGAAAAUUGUAGUUUUCAACAUGGGGUGGACAAUGAGAGUGAGAACUUGAAUGACAAGAAAAAUCUUCUGGUUCCGAAAGGCCACCAUGGGGAUGCUCAUAUUGUAAACUCAAAGGUUUCAGUACCACAAGCAUACCUUGAUCUUCAUAAGCUUGAUUCAACUAAAGGACAAAAUGUGACCCAGCGCUGUAUUAGUUCCACCGUUAUAAUUUCUCCGGAAAGAUUGGGUUGUGACCAGUUCAUUUGGGAGGAUCAGCAUCAUAAGCAGAAGGGUCAGAAUGCAGCAGGCUGCAGAAGCUUCUCUAUGACACAAUAUGGUGCAGUGGAAAGGACUGCACAAAUAUUAACACAAGAGGAACUCCAACAUGGAGAACACCUUGGAAGAAAUGCUUCUACAAGAUGGUUGCCUGAGUCUGUGGGAACUGAUGAUGGAAGAGUGUCAGUGCCCUUGAAACGGCGUUGCAAUGUUUGGGACAGGCUAGGGAAGCCCGUUGUAGAAGAUCAUGCUUUAGUUAGAGAAACUCAUGACAUAACUGUUCAAAAAGGAGUACAUAAGAAGGCCAAGUUAAUGGUGGCUGAGCAUGAACAAAGAUACUGUGUUGACGCAAAUGCACAAUUUGACAAAGCAAAUUCCAGAAAAUUUGCCAAUAGCCAUACAGUCAACACAGUGCAAGCGCAUGAGCAUGCGGGGGAGGCCAAUAGAAGCAGGCUUACUGGCCGGCUAAGUUUUGGUGGAGGAAGUGUGUUUCAUGGUGAUGUGGAGCUCAGGAGUCUUCAAGAUAGAGAUUUUAUUGGCCACAAGUCCAGUUUAUCAUUGCCAGUCAAAAGCAUUCAACCACAAAGUUUAAAUGAGUUCUCAUCUGAGAUGAAGGGCUCACCCACUGCUGUUUCUGAGCCCACAUGCAAUAGAUUCACACCAUCAAAAGGACAUGCAUCGGCAUUUAACAAAUUGCAUCCAGUAGCUAUACAGAGAAAUUCAGAAACUGAAGUAUUGCAUGGUGAGCAAGUUAGCAGCCCUGCACAGUCAAAGACUGCAUCUUCUGUACAUGACAAUGGUGCCAGUUGCAGGAACAAGCCUGUGAAAGAAGAAAUUUUGGAUGUUAAACUAAAGCUUAAGCAAAUGGAAUUGGAUGUCCUCAAGCUUCGUUCCAAGCAGGCGCAGAUAAACAAUGGAAAGCAAGGAGCCGUAUUAUUAGGCCCCCAUGCUAAUUUGGAAGAAGAUGCUGACUCAAGAACUGUUCUCGUGAUAAAUGUACAUUUUGCGGCAACGAAGGAAGCAUUGUCAAUGCAUUUCAUGAAGUGUGGGACUGUGCUUAAGACUAGCAUUUUGACAGAUGCAAUUACUGGGCACCCUAAAGGGGCUGCAUAUAUUACUUUUACUGACAAGGAAUCUAUUGACAAGGCUGUAUCUUUGAGUGGGACAUCAUUUCUCGCUAGAGUACUCACUGUCAUGCGUAAAGCGGACGCACCUCCAGGAUUUCCAGCAUCUGUUCAACAGAUCGGGAGCCCUCAGCAGCCUUGGAACUCGCCACCAUUCCAAAAAGGUUCGACUCCAAAGCGGCCUUCCAGUUACCAUCUCCAGUGGAAACGUGACCAGUCUGUGCUCUAGAAAUCCCCUACAAGUUGCGAAACCAACUGAAUAUGAAAAGCAGUGGAUAAGAUGAAAAUAUGCCUGCUCUACAUCUGCCUGCCAAUGGACACAACCUUUUGCUUGCGAGUGUAAAGACAUUUUACGGAUCACUUUCUUUGGCAUUUGUUGGCGGUAGAACUUUGUUACAGGCGAGGAAUUGCAUGGUUUAUUCACUGCCAGAUUGGGAAAUCGUGAGAUGAGAUGGAUUGUUCGCAGCCCUAACCUAUAGAGCCUUUUUUUUAGUCGGACAUGCUGUUGUGAAUGCCCGGACUCAUCCUGAACUUCCAUUGGGCCUCCGCAUCGUGUUUGUCGCUCAGUGUCGAGUACCAACAGGUGUUAUGAUGACAACAUGAAAUGUAACUGAAGUUCUGGAACUUUCACAAAAAUCUGAAAAUAUAGUGAAAUAACACAUGGGUUUGGGCCCAACGUUUCAUUC